AUGGAUUGGCUUUCUGCCAAUUUGGUGUUUGUUGGAUGUGAAGAGAAGUUAAUCAUCAUUCCAUCUAGUGAAGCUACUCCAAAGGAUGUAUUAACUACUAUCUUGGAAGAUACGGUUGACAUGGUUAAUUUCUUGUUUGAGAAGGAAAAUUCAGUUUUCUUGGUUCUUACCAAGGAACCUAGAGACAAUCUGAAAGUUACACAAACUCCCAUCGUUUGUGAAUUUCCAAAAGUUUUCCCUGAGGAUGUCAUUUCUCUUCCUCUUGAAAGGGAAGCGAAAUUCUCUAUCGAUCUGAUACCUAGGACGACUCCAAUCUCUGUUUCUCUGUAUCAUAUGGAGCCACUUGAGUUUAGAGAGUUGAAGGAUCAAUUAGAAGAGUUGUUAACCAAGCAUUCAUCCCAUAUUGUGUCUCCCCAUGGGGAGCUCCAGUGUUACUAG